UAUGAUUCUUUGAACAAUAUCCAUUUAUAUCACAAGAAAUGAAAGUCUCAAUCUCUCUCUCUCCCCUUUUCCCCACUGUUUUCUCUUUAAUUUCUUUGUCACAUUUCCUCUCUUGAUUUCUUUCUCGUACGUAUGAAGUCGAAAUAGAGUACUACUUCCACAUAUUCUACACAUCUUUGAAAACCCACUGCCCAACUCCAUCUACCCCAGAAACGUUAACCAUGGAGAGAAUCCAACACAGACAUAUUCAAACAAACGGAAUUAACAUCCACGUUGCCGAAAUCGGGGAGGGCCCUGCUAUCCUAUUCCUCCACGGCUUCCCCGAGCUCUGGUACACAUGGCGCCACCAGAUGCUGUCCCUUUCUUCUCGGGGAUACCGUGCAAUCGCCCCCGACCUCCGCGGCUACGGUGAUUCCGACGCGCCGCCGUCCGCUUCCAGUUAUACUGCUUUCCAUAUCAUCGGUGAUUUGGUGGGCUUGUUGGAUGCUCUGGGUCUGGACCAGGUUUUCUUGGUGGGGCACGAUUGGGGAGCUGUUAUGGCCUGGUAUUUCUGCUUGUUUCGCCCCGAUAGAAUUAAGGCCUUAGUUAACAUGAGCGUCGUCUUCCAGCCGAGGAAUCCGAGGAGGAAGCCUGUGGAAUCCAUGCGGGCGAUUCUUGGUGAUGAUUAUUAUAUCUGCAGAUUUCAGAAACCUGGCGAGGCCGAGGAGGAGUUUGCUCGUGUUGACACAGCACAACUGAUCAAGAAAUUUUUAAUUUCAAGGAAUCCAACUCCACUUCGGGUGCCUAAGGAAGUUGGAUUUGGGGGCAGGACUGAUAAACCAAUCAUACUGCCCUCUUGGUUGUCGGAAGACGAUGUUCAAUACUAUGCUACCAAAUUCAACAAGAAAGGCUUCACAGGUGGAUUGAACUACUAUCGAGCUAUGGACCUAACUUGGGAGCUGACAGCAGCGUGGACUGGUGUGCAAAUAAAAGUACCCGUGAAGUUCAUUGUUGGCGAUCUUGAUCUCACGUAUAAUACACCAGGUGUUAAGGAAUAUAUACACAACGGCGGCUUCAGAAAACAGGUACCAUUUUUGCAAGAAUUAGUUAUCAUGGAAGGAGUGGCUCACUUUCUCAACCAGGAAAAACCAGAGGAAAUCAGUCAACAUAUUUAUGACUUCGUCCAGAGGUUUUGAUCUGUUUCUGGGUUUCCCAUGCCACAUUCGGGUAAAUCGAGCUGGAAAUGAUAAAGAAAACCUUUUACCCAAAUUAAGUUUCGCAACAGAAAGAUAAUCAUAUUGUAGUAUGUUAUACUCGUUAUGUAAUUAAAUUGGAUUUAGUUUAACUAGGUCUUGAUUAGAAUUUCAAUAAGAAAUAGUAAGGUUUUGUAUUGCUAUGCAGCUCAA